AUGUUGACAAACUUUUCUUGCAGGUUCUUGAACAAGGGUUUGUCUGAUUUCAACUUAGCUCUUGACUUGGGUUUCUUGACAAAAGCAAGGAAAUACACAUUCUUCAAACCCAAGUUCAUCUUCUACGCGACUUACUUAUCAGAGAAAAUAGGGGACUGGAGAUACAUCACAAUCUACAGACACCUCAAGCAAAACCCUGAGUUCCAAUGCUACCCUAUCUUCAAGUACUUUGAGAAUUGGUGCCAAGACGAGAACCGUCAUGGAGAUUUCUUCUCUGCUUUGAUGAAAGCUCAGCCUCAGACCCUCAGUUCCUCAAUGACUGGCAAGCCAAGCUCUGGUCUCGCUUCUUCUGCCUCUCGGUGA